CGAACCGCCAUGGCGCCGGACUACCUGCAUGCCCUCGAGAAGGCAUCGAGAAACGAUAUAUACGCCGAUGAUGACGAAGAAACACAUGAAGCACCCACCAUUGUCGAUGACAGUGAUGCCCUGCAAGAGAGGCUAAAGCGCAUGUUGCAUGAGAGCCUGGGGUUCGACUUACCGGACUCCCCUCGUCCAAAGAAGAAGCGCAAAGUCAGCGAAGCACCCCAAGGGCAGACGGAAGAGCUUGAGUUCCGAUUGCUGUCCUCACAUACGCCAGCAGCUAUCACGCUUGCACCUAAGCCUGUCGCAUUGUCUCUUGAUGUAAGAGAACCAGAGUAUGAAGACACCAAGGCGCAGGCGAAGGAGCGUCGGCGAAAGGCGAAGGCCGUCGCUGUCGAUCAUGCCUCCAUCCUUGAGGAGGCGUCGACGCCGUCUAGGCAACCUUCAUCCUGGGCACGUAGAGUGACAACGCUGCGCGCUAUAACUCCCGGCGAGGGCGCUCCAUUAGCUCUCGUCAGACAUUCUCAGCCCCAUCGAAGCACUCGCCCUCCCGUACCAGAUGAUCUACUCAAGCACCCACCAUACUCAGAUGGACCUGCCCUUCCAGACGAGCCACCUAAAGCAUGCUGCCCGAUGAUUGAUGCCGUGGAUGCUCCUACGACACCCACGAGGCGGCGGAGGACGCCGCGACAUCGCAAGGAUAAGCCACCACGCCCGCCUGCGCGCUUUUGGACUGCGGAUGGACCAGCGACUGGAAGGUAUAGACGAGAUACGAUGAAGAAGGCGGAAUAUGUAGCCUGAAUGCAUUCUGUUUGUCUGCUGUAAGACUCCCGUUGCUCGUACUACUCAAUGGAUCCCAUCCAUCAAUGCACCUGUACCUCUAUCCCCGUGGUAUCCCUUCUCGGGACCAUUAUAUCUUCGAUUGCACGCACUUCAGAUGCUGACUUCGA